CCCCAAACCCUAUCAGAUCUCUGUCUUCUUUAUCCCUUCGCUUCCUCUUUCUUCCGGCGCCGAAGCCGAUUCAAACCAGUCUGCAGCAGCAGAGCUUCACGACCACCACUGUCGACGGCGGCAUGACGAGUUCGCCGAAGGGAACAUGCGUUCCAACGGCGUCGCCCAAACUCUGACUCUCCCAUGCUGCCCGGCCGCGAGAACUCCAGAUUUGGCGCUUUCAAUCGCGGGGACAAAGCAGGAAACAUAGAAUCAUCGAAGGUAGGGAUCGAAAUCGAGAGCGGCGGUGGUGGGAAAAGAAUAAGCAGUUAUCAUGCGGAACUACUAAACACAACAGCAGGGCAUUUUCUCCGGCGAUUGAUUUGAAUUUCUACAACACUGCUCUCCGGUGGUUAUUACGAUUGAUCGGGAGAUCUUUCCAUGGAGUCAUCAUCGUCGAACUUGUGUCCACUCGCAGAGGAAAGCUCGGAAGAUGAGCAGCAGCGAAUUCCCAAGGCACAAGACUAUGAAUCCCCAAAGCCGCCGCCGCCGGUCUCUGCCUUCGCCUCCGUUCCCGAUCUCCCUGCUUCUCAGUGAGUUCCUGUCCUGGCCUUCUUGCUCGAAACGUUUUUUUCCGUUCGGGAGGGAGCGAUUCGUUCGUUAGAUUCCAGAUCCAACCACAAAGUUCAUUUUACAAGUGGGUGAGAAAGAAGAAGGGAAGUGGGUUGGGGGUGUGGGAGAAAGAAGCAUGGCAACAGUAUGGUUCUCACUGAAGAAAUCUCUGCACUGCAAAUCAGAGCCAGCAGAUGUGCACGACCCAAAAUCCAGGAAGCAAUUGAGCACAAUCUUGACCAGAAAAGCUGGUGGUGGGAGGUCCGGGUGUUCAAGGUCAAUAGCCAAUCUGAAAGAUGUCAUCCAUGGAAGCAAGAGGCACAUGGAGAAGCCACCGAGCUGCAGCCCGAGAUCCAUAGGCAGCAGUGAGUUCCUCAACCCAAUAACCCACGAAGUGAUUCUGAGCAACUCGAGGUGUGAGCUCAAAAUCACUGGCUUUGGUGGUGGCGGUGGGUUCCAAGAAGGGUCUGGUGGUGGUAAUUUGAGAUGCAAUUGAUAGUGCUGUUUUGGGAAGUGAUAGUGCUGUUUUGUAGUCUGUUCUAUGUAGCUUUUGAGAUGCAAUUGUGUUUUUGAGCAUCAAUCUUAUUUCUCUCUUUAUCAAAUUGAAAUAAUUGAAAGUGGCCAUA